CAAGUUCCGAGAUACCUGCUCUCUAGUAAGGGAGGUACAUUUAAUACCGUUGAGUGCGCAUCGGUGGGUACAAAUAUCCAAGGACGCUUCGAAUAAAAUGGCGGAAUCGAGUGUUGUCAGUGAUGUUAAAAACAUGCUCAAACCCGAGCUUAGGUCAUUUCUGUUGGCAAGAGGAAUCACUGUUACCGACUAUAAUGUGUCACAACUUCGAGAGCUCGCUAUUAAAGCAUCGGAAAUGAAAUUACCGGUUAUAUCGCAGAAAGACGACGCCAUCGAUUCGUUCAGAAAACGCUCUACGGUUGCCCUUAAAGAUCGAGUGAUAAACUUUCCAUUUGUGUGCGAUGUAAGUUUGAAAAGUUGGACAUAUGAUUUGUCAUACAUGCCAGACAUAGUUUGUGCAGAUAUUUUCGUUCAUUUACUCUCUAAUGCCCAGUGGACAGCAGACCGCACCAAGUGUUACAAACAAGAGAGGGGGUAUAGAUUGUUUAAAUGCAACCAUAUCAGUGCCGUUCAGUGCCAUACAUUACCCGAAGACCAUAUGUACAUUCGAGCCAAGUGUCUGAGAGAAACUUCGCAAAGUGAAAAGCCAUACUUCGUCUGGUGUAUGACUGACAGCAAUGGCACCAUCAAAUCAGCUGGAUGUGAAUGUACAGCGGAUGACGGUGGUUGUAAACAUGUCGUAGCUCUCCUGUUUAGCUUAGUUGAGUGGAGUGAGCGGCAUACCGACAGAAACACAGCAACAUGUACAGAUGUCCAGUGUUUGUGGGACAAGCCGAGAAGAGAGUCGAAGCCCAAAAAACUUGAUGAUAUUAGUAAAUCUGACAUUAAUAGGGUCUAUCCUUACACACAUAUUUAUCAUCCUAUUCAUGAGGAAAAUGUUACAGAUGAUGAUUUUGAAAUGGAAAUUUUUGAGCUUGUUAAGAAUUAUGAUACACAAAUCAUAGAAGUUUUAGACAAAGAUUGUACAAAUAAUAAUAAUGUUAAUGAACCUCAACCUGUACCAUUACUUGCUUUAUCAUAUAGACAAAGUAAAUGUAGUAUGCCAUUUGUCAAAUUUAUGCAAGAAAGUAUAGAUAAGUCAGCUUGUAUGGAGAUUGACACUUUAACUGAGGGUCAGAGUGAAAAUGUGAACUGGUUUAAGUAUAGAGUAGGCAGAGUUACUGCAUCAAUUGUGCAUGAUGUUGUUAAAUAUAAAGGAGACAAUGUCCACAACUCUAUUGUUAAAAAGAUUUUAACAGAAAAGUUAGAUGUCUCAAGUCCUGCAAUUUUAUAUGGGAGAGAAAGAGAGUCAUUAGCACGAGAAUUGUAUGAUACUCAAUGUAAAACUGAUCACUGUAAACACAAUGUAAAAAUUCCAGGUCUUUUGGUAAAUCCAAAAUAUCCACAUAUUGCUGCAAGUCCUGAUGGUGUUGUUACUUGUGAUUGUUGUCGGAAAACUUUAUUAGAAAUCAAAUGUCCAUAUAAAUACAGAUAUUGCACUGUGGAUCAAAUUUGUAGAGAAAAUUAUCACAUUUUUCUAGAUUCAAAUAAUGAAAUGAGGCUUAAGCAUACCUCUCCAUGGUAUUAUCAGAUCCAGUGCCAGUUAGCUGUUGCAGAUUUAUUGUAUUGUGAUUUUGUGAUGUACUUAGAGGGUGUAGCAGCUUGUAAACACAAAAUUCAUGUUGAAAGAAUUGAGUUUAAUGCACAGUUCUGGGCAGAAUGUUUGAAAAGUAUUAAUUCAUUUUAUGAAAAAUUUGUUGUCCCAAGACUGUUGUCUGUAUGAAUAUUUACACAAAAUGAUACUGCACAUUUUCUUGAUUCAGCUACAAUGUUCUGUGAAUCAAUAUUAGAUCAUGUACAUAAACUGUUAUGUAAAUCAUUUUAUGCAUGUACUGUACACGCAUAAAAUGUACAGUACAUGUAAGUAUCCUAAUAAGCAUGUAUUUUUCAGUUUUUCCUAAUGCUUCCUUUCUAUGAUUUCAUCAUCUCCAUGAUUCAAAAUUGUUAAAAAGAAUACUGAAUUCUCUUGUUUGAAUCUUUAUUAAUGUAUACAAUUUUUAAAUCUCUUUGGAACAUGUAUACAUAUAAUUACAAUAAUGUGACUUCAUUGUGUCAAUCAGCAAGUCUAACUAUUGGGAAAAAUACUUAAUAUAUAUAUUGCACUAAUAUCAUUUAUAAAAUUUUGAAAAUGAACAACAUUUUAGUAUGUAAAUAUAUAUAACACAAUUGUUUCAAUAUACAUAUGUGUGUGCAAAAAUUAUUGCUAGAUAUUUCAUGCAUUUUAUGGAUGGUUUGUAGACUUAGGGGACAUGACUUAAUUAUUUGUAAAUGGCGCAUAUGAAUUAAUGAAAUCAGUUUGUAGCAUGUGCAAAAACAAUUUCAAUACAGUCACAAGGUAGUAAGACUUCUAAUUGUCUUCAUCCUUUUUUUUACAUUGAUGAAGAUUAAUUGUAUUUUCAAAAUUAUGCAUAUGAUGACAUAUCAUAAUUUUUUUCCAAAAAAAUAUAUAUACUGUAAUAUUAAACUGAAAAAUGCUUUUCAUUACACAAAUAAAUGCAUGAAAUCAUAAACAA